UCCCAGCCGGGCGGGACAGCAUCUGUGAUUGGUUGAUGAGAGCUCAGUGCUAGUUCCUUGGUGCAGGAGAAGAGCCGGUGGGCACGAAUCAGUGGGGUAAUUGGUGUAAAAUGGCGCUGUCUCAAGGAACAAAGAAAAAAGUUUGCUAUUACUAUGACGGGGAUGUUGGGAACUACUACUACGGCCAGGGCCAUCCCAUGAAACCCCACAGGAUCCGCAUGACACACAACCUCCUUCUCAACUAUGGGCUGUACAGGAAAAUGGAGAUCUAUAGACCGCACAAAGCCAGUGGUGAAGAGAUGACAAAGUACCACAGCGAUGACUACAUUAAGUUCCUGAGGUCCAUUCGACCAGACAACAUGUCUGAGUACAGCAAACAGAUGCAGAGAUUCAAUGUCGGAGAGGACUGCCCAGUGUUCGAUGGUCUGUUUGAGUUUUGCCAGCUUUCAACAGGUGGAUCUGUCGCCGGGGCACUGAAGUUAAACAAGCAGCAGACAGACAUCGCCAUCAACUGGGCCGGCGGACUCCACCACGCCAAGAAGUCUGAGGCCUCGGGUUUCUGCUACGUCAACGACAUCGUCCUGGCCAUCCUUGAGCUACUCAAAUACCACCAGAGGGUGUUAUACAUAGACAUUGACAUCCACCACGGUGAUGGAGUGGAGGAGGCGUUCUACACCACAGACAGGGUCAUGACUGUCUCUUUUCACAAAUAUGGGGAAUACUUCCCCGGCACUGGAGACCUGAGGGACAUCGGAGCUGGGAAGGGCAAGUACUAUGCAGUAAACUACCCGCUCAGAGACGGUAUCGAUGAUGAGUCCUAUGAAGCCAUCUUCAAACCUAUCAUGGCUAAAGUUAUGGAGAUGUACCAGCCAAGUGCAGUCGUGCUCCAGUGUGGAGCAGAUUCUCUUUCUGGAGACAGACUGGGCUGCUUCAACCUCACCAUCAAAGGUAUAAACUAUGAUCAAAUAAUGAAGUGAUGACAUUUUAUAUCCAAAA